CGGGAACUGUAUUGGAUGGACAGUAACGGCGCUAAUAACAACCGGGCCAUGAGGUCGGACGACUCGCCCUACUGUAUAAUAUUCGGUAUAUUCAUCAUAUGGUUUGCCUCCCUCACCAUAAACCUGGGGCCCACCUUCCUGUCCGGCGCACUGGCCUCGGGCCACGAGACGGCCGGCCAUCUCGACGUGUGCCCAAUGGUGUACCGCCCGGUGCGACACUACGUACUCAACCUAUUGUGGAUAUCCGUGAACAUGAUGUGCGUCGGCCUAAUGGCCGUCCAUUUGCGCAAACUAUACAAAGACAUCGCGAAGUCUAAUCUGGAGGCCGUGCGGGUCAGUAGUCUCGUGACGACGAUGAUGACCGUCCAGUCGGGCGAUAGGGGGGAACUGGAGGGUCAGCGAGGUUUCUACGACUACGUGCACAGAAUGGAGAGCGAAGGCGUCGGUAGGGUUAAGAUGUUUGUCGUCAUACUUGUGGCAUAUUUGCUGUUUUGGGGUCCGCUCUAUACCAUCACUUUGAUCCGGCCGGGUUUGGAGACAUCCCUGACCUAUGAGAUCAGUUUACACGUGGCGCUCACCCAUUGUUUUGUAAAUCCCAUACUAUUUAUGGUCUAUAGUCGAGGACAUUCUGGUAUGAAUUGACAAAAACAUCACUAAAUACAACACAAAAACCUAAUCAAACA